CAUUUAGGCGUCGCGCAUAUCGGAAGUACACAGUGAAGCAUGGAGUUGGCUACUACACCCAAAUAGUUUACUGUUAAUUAGUUUUAGUAGCAUUUUGAGCAGGUCUCCGAGGCGGUACUGUCCGUCGGUGGGAGCGGGGUGUGCAGGUAACACUUGCCGGUGUCGUGUCAGCUGAAGGCGGCAGGGUGAGGUGUGAUGUCCGGCGUGGCUGAGCAGCUGCAGCUCCCCUCACAUGUGUAGAGCCCCGGUCUGUCCGCGAUGUCCAAGCUGAAGGCAGGUAAGACACCCUCUCCCUCCGCCACGGCCAAAGCACAGCAGCCCGCAGCGACAGAGAAGCACAACAAAGCCAAAAAGAAAAAGAAACCCUGGAUGAAGGAUAAGUUUAAAAAGAAAAAGCCCCUCCAGAGGGACCAAGGACAGGCCAAAGCCGAGCAGAGCUUACCUCCUAAAGACGCUCAGCAGUUCUCUUCCAACUGGAAAACAUUACAGCAGAUCCUGAAGUCCAGUCAGCCGGAGAAGAAGCAGCCUGCGGUACAAAGCCUGAAAAAUGGAGCGUCACAAAGACCACAAGAGGAGAAAAAAUCUUUGAAAAUGACAGUGAAGAACAAUGCCUGUCCCGUGCAAACGGAUCCAAAGAAAGCAGGGAAGGACAAAACUGUCCCCAGCGGUGGUGACGUAAAGGGUCCAUCAGUCUCAGAGACACGGCAGCCUAAAGCCCACAAAAGGAAAAAGGACGAUGGGAAGGCGUCAAACUUUGAGCAAGCAGCUAAGAAAAAGAAAUCUGCAGUGGAGGACAAAAAACCCACAGAAGAGGAUCUCUGGUUUGACGACGUGGACCCCGAUGACAUCGAAGCGACGGUGGGGGCCGAGGCGGCAGAUAUCAUGAGGAGGAAGCAGGGUGUUCAGAAGAGCACCUCCGCCGACACUGAGAGGGCCCUGGUCAAGGAGAGAGCCUUUGAAGGCCUCACCAGAGCUGUGGCCAUAGACUGUGAGAUGGUGGGAGUGGGUCCCGAUGGAGAGGAGAGCAUCCUGGCACGCGUUUCCCUCGUGAACCAGUUUGGAAAGUGCAUCUACGACAAAUUUGUCAAGCCCACAGAGAAAGUGACGGACUACAGGACGGCCGUGAGCGGCAUCCGACCAAAGGACAUCAGAGAGGGGGAGGAUGUACGGACCGUGCAGAGGGAGGUCGCUGAGAUCCUGCAGGGGAGGAUAGUGGUUGGACACGCCAUACACAACGACCUCAAGAUUUUACUCUUGGAUCACCCAAAAAAGAAAAUCCGUGACACCCAGAAGUAUAAACCCUUUAAGAAGGCAGUGAAGAGUGGUCGACCCUCCCUGAAAGUCCUCUGUCGCGAAAUACUCAACGUCAAAGUCCAGCAGGGUGAACAUUCAUCCGUCCAGGACGCACAGGCCACCAUGAGGCUGUACACAAUGGUGAAAAAAGACUGGGAGGCCGAGAUCAAAGCCAGUCAAAACAACAAAGACUCACGCAAGAAGAAGGAGAGAACGCCCAAGCUUCCCAGCAACAAGAACAAGAACAACCUCGUCGCAGGAUUGUGAAUUCAGAAAGAAUGAGACAUCAUCUCUGGACAAAGAGUCACAGCAGGCUUGAAGUGAGGAGAAGUUUGUAUUUGACUUCACACAAUGCAGCAAUAAGAGGCAGAAAAAGAAUACAGAAAAAAGGGGUAAGAAAGUCCUUUGCAGUGAAUGAAACUGAUUAAAUCACUAAGAAUGUACCUGAUAUGAAACAAAAAGUUUUGCAUAAGAAUAAAACAUCUAAGGAGGUAAUUAAAAAGCUGACAAUACUCCCUAGGUAGGACAAGCUGAGGGGCAAGGAUGGUAAACACUUGAUCAUUUUUUAGUCUUUAGCCUAAACUUGCUCACGGCCUGGAGGGUCCUGCCUGAGGAUGCCGGGCUGUGCUCUGACUCAUAACACAGGGAUUAAGACAUCUGAGAGAGCAAGGAGCCAUGAUUUAGACUGAUCCUUUAAGCUGUUUUCUCUUAAAUAUUUCCAGAAAUCGAUGCCUGACAUGUUACUCCAGGCAGUCAGGGGCUGGGCAGCAAAUCUGUUGUGAACACAGUGUUUAAGUAUAUUUUCUUACGCUUACAUACGGACCUGCAGAGUCGUCUAAGGCUACGGAUUGUGUGGCUGCUUUAUUAUGUUUCUUAUGUUUCCAGUAUUUUUAUAAAUUGUUCAAAACUUUGAUCUUGUGUGUCUUGCAGUUAAAUCAGUUAGGACGCUGUAUUGGUUUGUGGAAGAUUCUCCUUAAAAUUUGACGUUUUGAACUGUUAUGAAUAAACUGUGAGAGAAAUUUGUA